AUGGACGACGACCAGCGUCGACAGGACGAUGGCGCGGACAGCCGCAAGAACCGCCUUCCAUCCUUCACGGAGGUGCUCUCGAGGCGCACCCGACCACCCGUCGAUUUGUUCAUGUUCUAUUUGUUUCUGCAACGCGAAGGAUCGGAGGAUAUCCUGGAUUUCUGGCUAGACGUGCAGCAGCACGAGAACCUAUGUCGGGCAUACUUCAAGGACGUGCGCAAGUCAGGGCGGACCAUCAGGGAGGACUGGCCGGAGUACUGGGACUAUGCACGCAGGCGCGGGUCAAUCUACGGCACGGUAGUGGGCCUGAACCCGCACAUGGGCACGAAGCGAAGCACCACGAGCACCGGGGACGUCAUAUCUGACCAGGACAGACAGAACCUGGCUGCUGCUGGAGAUGAGAAGGCCGUGCGCAGUCCUAGCCCGCGUCUGACAUCGGCAGGAACGGCGGUCGCGACGGAGCCGCCCCGGUCGACGACACCAUUCUCUCUGUCCGGACGCACGCCCACGCUGUUCAAGCGCGCCUCGCGCGCACCCACCAUCAUCCCCCGCUCGGCAGCGAUCACGCGUCAGAACCUGAUCGCGUCCGCGGAGCGCAUCUAUUUCCGCUACCUGUCUCCAGUGGGCACGGUGGGUUCUAAUGAGAACCACGAGAUCUAUCUACCACCCGCGCUACGCAUCCACGCGUUUCCGCUGAACAGCGGGCACGAGCCCAAGUCACAGAGCGAGACGAGCAUCAUGGCGCAAAUUCCGGACAUGUUCCACGCGCAGAAGGAAUACUGUUUCCGUGCGAUGGAGCAGGACGCGUUCCCGCGUUUCCUGCGCGCCAAAGCGUUCGGCAACCUGACGCCGGUGUCAGCGCUGGUGCGGCUGAUUAUAGGGCUCGUCGUCCUCUGGGUCGGGCUAGCGGUGGGAUUCUCCUUGAUUUUCCUCGAUGUGAAGCCGAAGUCGAAGCGUUUCUUCCUCUUUCUCCCUUUCGCAGUCGCCAUUCUCUUCUUGAUCUCUCACCAAUAUGAACUUGAUCCAAUCCUCGUCUUCUUGGGCCAGUCGGAAUCUACACCGUUCCGUACACUGCGCAUUCGUGAACCCUAUGUCAAGAAACUUCUACUUGGGCGCGCGAUAUGGGUCAGCGUCCUGGUAUCGGCGUGCAUGGUUGCGUUGACCAUGAUAUUCUGGGCCGUCCCUGGGCAUCGUCUGUAA